AUAACAUUUCAAAAUCUAUUAAAAAUCUUUUAUCGUAAUUAGAUGAAAAUUCAUACAGUUUUAGCUUCCUUACAUUAAAUGUGUCAUUUUUUAAUAUGUGAACUAUAAACAUAAACGCACAAAUAUAUUAGUAUAUACAAAUAUAGUAGUAAUAAAUAACAAAGAUAUUAGUAAUUUUGUUUGAACGCACAUACGAAUCUAACGAUCAUUACAUUACCUACGACGUCAUUAGUUCGUGCCAUUUUGUGGGCGUUUUUCAGAGAUCCGCGGCAGCGCCGCAAAUCUGACCCUUUGAAUCGAUGUAGCUCCGAAAGUAAUGAUCACAGAUACCUUGGUCCUUUUACAAAAUUGCUUUACUAUUACAAUUUAAAAAACUGUCAUCAUCCCUAUUGUGAUGUGUGGGAUAAUGGUAGCCAUAAAGAUUUCUUUCUUUCUAUAUUUUCUUUUUCUGUCGUGGUAGUCGCUUUACAGAUUGUAAGAUAACAUUUUACAAUUUUUUUCUUUCACGCGGGCCCUGUAGCUAGGGGGCUCCGUAUGAUUAGGGUGGCCGCUCACUGGCAAUUUUUAGUUGGCCGACUAUCGAACAACUAAGUUGCCAACGCUUACAACUUAGUUGCGCAACUUUUUAAUUUGUAUGGGUAAUGACACCAAAAGUUGAACGGGCCCCAAGGGAUAAACGUUAGUGCUAAAAUCCCGAAAAUAAAAUAGACUAUGCUACUUGCACGUAUGCAAUAUUUUUACCCACACUAUACGUGUUUACAAACAUAAGCAUAUUAUUUUUUAACUUGUAAGCGGAUAAAAACUACAUUUCUACUUUUUAUUAGCUUUUAAGUUUCAGCUUUUUCGGUUAAUAAUUAUAGGACAUACGGUUUAUAGACUAGUAUAUAAAUGAUAAAUUUAUUAGUUCAACUGUAGAGUAUAAAACGUUCCCAUUUGACUCCGAAAUGGACGACCGGUCGCCCAUCGUAUCCGUUACGUGACAUGUAAAAAAAUAUAACUACCACUAAGGGCAAUAGGCGAGCACAGUAUCAUGCUCCGCGCGAUAGAGGAAUAUAAAGAUUUUUUGAAUGGCUUACAACGGUAGAUUAUAACCGCAUUCCCUGAUUGUCGGCUUCUUCAACGCAGACGGGCUCACCGAUAAAAUAAUCGCGGGCCGCGAAUGGUUAAUUAGGGCUCAGUGUUCAAUUACUGUGGUAAAUCCCUAAAUUUGGCAAUUAAAUAAUUUUUUUUUAUAACUUAUCGGGAACUAGGACUUUUCCAUUUCAUUUGGUCAAAUCUUGUUUAUAUAUGGAAUUAUUUAGUAAACUCAAUAAACGUCUAUGUCAUGAAAUAUUUAUUUUACAUGCAUUCAAUGUUGACCGACAGUGAAUCCCUACUAUGAUACGAUCGGCGUCCAAUUUAUUAGUUGCGGCGAUUUAGUUGCUGUACCUGUUAGUAUACUCGGCAACUUAGUCGGCCAACUAAAAGUUGCCAGUGAGCGGGGGUUAUGAUACGGCAGAUACGGCGGUAGCUUAGUGAAUAUUACAUUAUUAACGCCCCUGGAGUUAAUAAUGUAAUAUUCACUUUCACUUUCACUCAACGUAUACGUAACGCAGUGUUGCCAACCCUACUGUUUUAACAGUAGAUUUGCUGUUUUCACAUUGAUGUCCAUGUUUUCUGUUUCAUUCCUAUUUUUUACUGUUAUAAUAAUAAUAAUAAUUUAUUUGCUAAGACAUGGGUAACAACAGAUACAAUAAAUACAAUGGUCCAAACAUGUUUUGCCACAAAUUAGGCGUGCAAAUAUUUAAACAAUAAGUAAUUUAAUUUAAAUGUUCCAAUUAUUUUUACAUGCUGCAUGUUAAUUUGUUUUAAAAUAAAAUAAAAUUUACCAUAACUAUACCAAUACUGAAAUUCUUAAGUAAUGAAAAUAAUGAAAUAUUUAAUUUAUGUGUAUGUCAAAUUGUAAAAAUAUAAUAAAUUAGUCAAAUUGAUUUUAAUUUUAAAAAGUCAUUUAAUUCGUAAAUACUAUUUUGGCUGAGGGCAUUAAAAAUAUGAUUUUUGAAUCUCUGUAUUGGCAUUUCUUUUGUUUUUUCUGACAGAUGAUUAUAUGUUUUUACGGCCAUGCAGUAUACAUUUUUUUUUAAAAGAGAUAGUUUCUGUACAGGUAUCUCAAUUUUAUUUCUUUUACGACCACUUUUUUUCUUAGGAAAUAGAGUAAUAUUUUUCUUAUUUUUAUGUUUUUCAACUAGCGUUCACCACCACCAAUAAUAUAUGUACUAUGCAACCAUUUUUUGAUAACCACUACGUAAUAAAACGCAAUGACACUAGUUGGAAGUAUCUUCUCUCGUCGGGAUUCAACAAAAAUAUCUAUGAUUAAAAAAAAUUUAAUUACUGAACUCUGAAAAUGAGGCAAAAACCGAAAAUAAUUUCAUUUUGAUUUUUGUUUUUUUUUGUGUGAUCAUACAUGAAUACAUAUAUCAAUGUAUGUGAGUUCUAGCAACUAAGAAAAUUGUUUAUUGUUUAAAAUAAAUGGGCAAAAUUAUGAAAUCUGCCUUUUUAUACUUUAUCUACCUACUGCUUUCUACUGUUUUUUAUUGGUGAAUUAGUGUUUUUUAGCUUUUUGAGGUUGGCAACACUGAGUACUGACGUAACGUAACACAAGUCACAAAUAUGAAAUACAAUUAAAUUAAUAUAAUUUCAAAUCAAAUCAAAUCAAAAAUCAUUUAUUUCAAGUAGGCUCAGUUUACAAGCACUUUUGACACGUCAGUUGACUAUUUGUAAAGAUUCUACCACCGGUUCGGAAGGCAGGUUCUGCUGAGAAGAUACCGGCAAGAAACUCAACAGUUGCUCUUUUGAAAAAGUCAUACAGUAUUAUAAUUUACAAUUGAUAACAAUUACUGUUUACAUUUCUUAUAGUUUUACUUCCUGUGUGAAGGUGGAAGCUGAUCCAACGGGCUCCAAGCAUCUUUAUCAUUAAGGAACUCAUCAAUGUUGUAGUAACCUCGACUAAGUAAAUGUUUUUUAACACAUUGCUUAAAGCUAUGCAUUGGCAUGUCCAUCACAGUCUUGGGGAAUGGGGAAUUUUUUUAACAAUGCUGUGCUCGUCAGUUAAUUAAAAUUAAUGUUUAAGUGAUUUACUAGCGCUAAUACUAAAUGUACUAGCACUUUCAAAAAUUAUACUUAAUGUAGACAUAUACUUAUGGCUAAUUAACAGCUUCGAUACCCUCCUAACUAUGUGUAUCAUGUUAUACUUUUCGUACGGACGAGCGCUAGCGCGACCUCUUGAGCUACCAGCGCCAUCUAGUUUACUACAUAAAACCAAAGUUGAGUUAUUUACAGUUUACACCAUUUGUAGCUGAAAACUGUAAAUCCAUUAAAAAGUCAAAUAAUACAUAAAGUAAGCGUUUUCAGGAAGUGCUCAAAACCAGCUUUAUUUUGAUGAUUUUCAAAGUUGAAGUCAUGUUUUUUUAUGUUAUUUAAAAUCAGAAAUGUUUUGGUGCGGGGACGAAAUUAUUUAUAUUGUUAAAAAAUAUCUAUGCUAUUUAUAAAAAAAUAAUUUAAAAAUACUACCCACUUCAAAAAUACAAACGUAUGCAGAAAACUAAUAAGCGAAAGAAAAUAUUAUAAUAUUAAUUGAUUAUGAAACACGGCUAAAACUCACGUAAUAUUAGGUCGGAGUAUGCCCGACUAGUUUCGAACCCAUACGGGGCCCUUAGUCAUGAGCUGGUUCUUGCAUCGCGGCACGAUCCAAACUGCGAAGCGGCUGCGCGACGCGCUGCUGCAUUGCGCGCUGGGAGAGUGGUUGAGUGGUGGGGAGUGAAGGUUCCGUACUUCCGUUACACUCUCCGACGGUUCAUUAAUGUCAUCUUCAUUAGACUCGUCUUGUACGCAAACCGAACUAACGCCAUCUUGUUCCAAUUCCAAAUUUUGUUGUAUGUUUUAUUCUAAUAUCUUUACUGUUUUAUUAGCGUUAAUACGAAUUGUAUUAACACUUUCAAAAAUUGUCUAUAUACACAUAUCAUAAUAAAACAUCCUUCGGAUCCCCCCCUCUAAGAAAGUUACCCAUAAGAACUCUUUAUUAAUGUUGAUUGAUGAUUCGUCUGUUUAUCAUGAUAGACUUUCCGUACGGACGAACGCUAGCGCGACCUCUUGAACUACUAGCGCCAUCUAGUUUACUACAUAAAAACGAAAGUUGGGUUAGUUACCCCAUUUCUAGCUGAAAAGUCAGGGGCUUAGCUAACGCAAUGAUACGGGGCCCCCGGACAACAGGGGUCUUAAGUGUGUGUGUUGUUUUAAAGCAGACAUUGGUAAAAUUGAAUCCACAAUCUUACUUAAUCUUCUUCUUCUUAAUCUUCCCGGAGAAUACAACAUAUAAAAAACUGCUAAAGAGAUUUUCGGGAUUUGCCUCUCGUCUAUUAGGCCGCCCACUAAUUUUGAUACAGGGCAUCCAAGGCAAGCUACGUCACAGCUGAAAACUGUGAUGAAUAGGGAUGAUGACAGUUUUUUUUAAAUUGUGUAUAAAUUAAGAGUAUACUAAUAGCAAAGCAAUUUUGUAAAAGUAACAGGGUAUCUGCGAUCAUUACUUUCGGAGCUACAGGGAUUUAAAGGGUCAGAUUUGCGGCGCUGCCGCGGAUUACUGAAAAACGCUCCAUACAAAAUGGCACGAUUUAGUGACGUCGUUGGCUCGCUGAUCGUUAGUUUUGUAUGGGCGUUCAAACAAAAUUACUAAUAUCUUUGUUAUUUGUGCGUUUAUGUUUAUAGUUCAAUUAUUGAAAGAUGUCACAUUUAAUGUAAGGAAGCUAAAACUGUAUGAAUUUUCCUCUAAUUACGAUAAAAAAAAUUUAAUAGAUUUUGAAAUUUUAUAAUUUUUUUUAUUUUGCAAAUAUCCAGACAAUCUUUGCUUUUUAUGUAUAAGUUAGUUAAAAUUGACCUUAUUUACCCGAAUGUAUCAUAAAAACCAAUAUAUUCAAACCUAGUAAUCAUUCCCAUUGUUUUGUUUUGGCAAAACAAAACAUGGGCUACUUUUUAACCCGAAAAUAAAAAUAGAAGGGAAGAAAAAUAGAUAGGGGUUGAAAGUUUGUGUGGAAAUUCCUUAAUUUAUAAAGUUACAGUUAUCAAAAUUUAUUUACUAUUAGCAUACUCUUAAUUUAUAUACAAUUUAAAAAACUGUCAUCAUCCCUAUUGAAAAAGAUGAAUUUUGGUAUAAUGAUCAUUUACUAUUAUACCAAAAUUCAUCUUUAUUCAAUGACCAAUGGUACCUAAAUGAUCAUUAUGACCUGCUAAGUAAUUUACACAGUGAUAUUAUUGCAUGUACUGCGCAGGGAUCAAACUCUUGACAGCUAUCAACCAGAUAGUACAACAAAGAGCGGAUCUAGAAGCGAACCGAGCGACGCUGUCCAGCAUGCUGGAGGAGCUGAGGAGGAAACUGAAGAGGAGGAUCGAAGAGUGCCACUUUGAUAAGAAGGAGAAGUUGAAGGCGCUGAAGCAAGCGAACCAGAAGCUGGAGAGAGAGAGGUUCGGCGUGGUGACAGAGAUAGAGCACCUCAAGAGACACUUGGAGAAGGAGGAGGCUCAUCACUUGCAGCACGCCAGGAAUGCCGUGGCCCAGGCCAUACAAGGAGUGACACGUUCAACCGCGGACAGACUGUUCGCGCCGUGCUCAGUGGCAGAACUACCCAACAUCGUCAGCAGAAACGUAGCCAGGAACGCUCCCUCGAGAAUUGCUGACAACAAGCUGGCAGCCGCGAGACUGAUGCGCGACAUCGCCGAUCUGCGGCAGCGCGUGGCGCAAGUCGAAGCUCGCCUGGCGAUCGAGCUCAAGCGUAAGCGGCAGGCUGAGGUCGACAUUGUGCGGCUGAGGAAGGAGCUCUCCAGCACCAAGAGCUGCGUCGCGUCGCUGCGGCUGCCUGGCAGCAGCAGCCGGCAGCACUGCUCCAAGUUCGCCUGAUAAUUUUUUUUUUUUUUUAAUGAGCUUUACGGCUCUGGGUUCUAGCCCUUUUCAGCCCAGAUCACGCGGGCCGGGACCUCAGAACUACUAUAGCUUGGCAAGUUGUUGACGACACUCCCAUGAUAUGCGGACGACGGGUGGGGGUGUGAAGGGACUGGGACUGAGGACUGCGCAGGUAUGAAGUCCUGCGAGCGGGCCAGAGGGAAGGACUCGCGGGUAUAAAGUCGUGCGAACGGGGCAGAGGGACUGCGCGGGUAUGAAGUCGUGCGAGCGGGACAGAGGGAAGGACUGUUCGUGUAUGAAGUCGUACGAUCGAGACAGAGGGACUGUUCGGGUAUGAUGUCGUGCGAGUGGGACAGAGGGAAGGACUGCGCGGGUAUGAAGUCGUAUGAGCGGGGCAGAGGGAAAGACUGCACGGGUAUGAAGUCGUGCGAGCGGGGCAGAGGGAAGGACUGCGCGGGUAUGAAGUCGUAUGAGCGGGGCAGAGGGAAAGACUGCGUGGGUAUGAAGUCAUGCGAGCGGGACAGAGGGAAGGACUGCGCGGGUAUGAAGUCGUGCGAACGGGGCAGAGGGACUGCGCGGGUAUGAUGUCAUGCGAGCGGGACAGAGGGAAGGAUUGCGCGGGUAUGAAGUCGUGCGAACGGGGCAGAAGGAGUGCGCGGGUAUGAUGUCAUGCAAGCGGGCCAUCGCUACCCCCCCUCCUGGCUUCCGCGGACCAUUGGAAGUGUUACGAAUGAAUUUGCCAAGCUAUAAAUAGAAGGACCAGCCCCCUAGCCAAGAGGCACGUCGAUUCUCUUUCUACGAUCGCUAACGCUUCGAAACUGGAAAAAUGUAUGGGAAUGGCAGAUCUUGAUCACGUGACCUGUCGAUAGCAAAUUUCAUGCCCAUACAUCUUUCUAGUUUUCGAAGCGUUAGCGAUCGUAGAAAGAGAAUCGACGUGCCACUUGGCUUGGGGGCAGUAUCGCACGUGAUAGAUUAUUUUAUAAAGUAGUGAAAAAUAAAUAUAGCUGAAAGUUAAGCUGAUAAGCUGAUUGAUAAUAUGUGUAUGAUUCAUUGUGAAAUUAGACCUAUCAGAUAAUUCUUACGUUAGUUAAAUAUUAUUUAAUAUUUAGACAGUAUUUUUGUAUUCAAUAAUAAAGUUUAAAUGAAAAUACAAACAGUUAUGUUACAUGACGAAUUUCAAAGUUUAGGUGACCAAAUAUGACGUCACGUGUAAUGUUCUACUUAAAUUGAAAUUCAAAUAUCAUUACGUAGAAUUUAAAAUAAAACUUAGAAUAUAGAUCUGACAUUAUUGUAAUUAAAAAGUAAAUAAAAGUAAUAGUUGUCAUUAUAAACGUUAUUGGAAUAUGGUAACACUGGUAGGAACUACUAAGAAUGAUUCUAUGUAAUGAGGAAUUACUGGCAUAGACACGGAGCGUCAGGAUACGCGGUAUCAAGUAAUCUGUGGUCAGUUUGAGCAGAUGGCGUGUGAUUGGUCUAUUGCAAACAAAUGCAGAAGGAAUAUUAGCCAAUAGGCGUUUUGUAAAGAAUCGAGAUGUUCAUGGAUGAUGACGAAAUGGCGUCUUGGCCGGUGUGAUUAGGAAAUAUAAAAUAAUGUUGUUGUUAUGGUGUCUUCCUGUGUUUCUGAGGCUGUUUUAUGAAAGCUAAGUAUUUUAUACAUAAUAUCUUUGUUGUAAACUGUAUUUUAUUAUGUUGUAUUGUUGUAACGAUAAGUUAUAACAUCCGAAUAUUACUUAUGUGAAAUUAGGUAUAUUUGCAACGACAUUAUAUAGUACCUAAUUACGUCGUUGUAUAUUUGUAUGGUAAUAAUGGUUAAUGUUAUUUUGAUUUGUCUUGAAGUUAAGACUUAAUUGAACUAUCUAUUUCAAGGUAUUAAUUAUUAUCCUAAAUAUUGUAAUUGUAAUUAACCAAUACUUUAAAAGAGCAUUUGUUGAGUUUCUUGCCGUUCUUCUCAACAAGAGACUGCACUUUCCGAACUGGCGGUAGAGUCACUAAAAUUAAAAGUAAUAUUGUUCAGUUAAAGAAAUAAAUGAUUAAUUUGGUCACGAUUCUAUUUUAUUUUAUUUAAAAUACCUUGACACUCAGUAAAACUUAAAUAACAUUCAAUAUAUUUAUUUUAAUAAAAUUAAAUUGAAUUAAGGAUACUUAUCUUAAUAAAGUUAGUCAAUUAGAUCGGCACAGUUUAUUUAAAUUUUCAUUCAAUGAUAUUAUUGGCCAUUUCUAAAAUGAUUUAUAUCAGGUCUAUUACACUACGUGAUAAAGUAUGUAUUAACAUACAACGCCUAUCAACUAAUCAAAUUGUUUCUCUAUAAAAAUACUAAACUGACGGACUUACCCGACUGACGAUCUUAGCCGAACUGAUCUUACAAGUAACAAUAGAUAUUUAUGACAACAAAUUAUAAUUCUGUUCCAAUAAUAUUAUUUGAGAAAAAUCAUUAUUAAUUAGACAUAUAAAUAAAUAAAUUUAACAUCAGAAGUGGGAUCGAAUAAAAUUAGCUAAUACAUUUUUUUUACUGUUUAAGGAAAGCGUUGGAGCGAGCGAUGAUUCCACGCUGCUGGAAAGUUUUCUUAAAAAUACUUCAAUCUGUUCUGACGCACAAACGCAGCGGUGAAGCUGUGAUGACAUGCUUCGGUCAAAAGAGCAAUGAAAAUGAUGCUAAAAGCUGGGGCAAGCUAACAAACUCUAUUGCAAUGGAUAAGUGUGUAGAUAAAAAGUGCAGCGACAGCCAAUUCAAAUGUUUUGUCGAAAGUUAUUCCGUUUUAUUUUUGUUUCAUCUACAGCCAUCCUGUACAACAUUAUUUUUUUUUAUUAAUUUAAUAUUUAAUGAUAUAUUUUUUUUUUAUGCCCCACUUGUGGGAUAUGUGUUAUAAAAGUUCAGUAUUUAGAAUGGCCGAACGGUUUUGAUAAUUUGGAAAUAUCACAAUUAUAAAAUAUCAAUAUGGCAAUAUAGGAAAAAACCGACUAAUAAGAAUAAACAAAAUUUUAUAUUAUAUGGGAAAAGGUUAAAGAAAAUUAUUCAAUUAACUCAAAAAUCUCAAAAUGAUUAUAAAAUUAAAACUUCACAGAAUAAGUCUAAGGCUACUUGGAAUAUUAUAAAUAAUUUAAAAGUAAAACGCAGCAAUAACAAUAAUAUAAAUAAGAUUAAAAGAGAUGGAAUAGUAAUCCAAAAUCCUCAAGAGAUAGCACAGGCAUUCAAUGAAAACUUCCUUAAUCGUAAAACUGUUAAAAUAAAUAAUACUAAAAAUAACAGUUCUUGGAAUAAAUCAAACUCAAUUUUCAUGAACCCUAGUACACCUUCACAAAUAAAAAAUAUUAUACAAUCAUUGAAAAAAACUAACAGUUGUGGGUAUGAUGAAAUCAAUACUAAAGUAGUUAAAUAUGUUUCCGAUAUAAUAUCACCAGUAUUAAGUUACUUGAUAAAUUUGUGUAUUGAGAAUGGUAUAUUUCCGGAAAAAUUAAAAGUUUCUAUCGUUAAACCACUCUUUAAAAAAGAGGACAGUGAAAAUAUGGAUUGUUAUCGGCCGAUAUCAUUGAUUCCCAUUUUUUCAAAAAUAAUGGAAAAAUAUAUAUUUAAUAAUCUGAAUGACUAUUUUGAGCGUUAUGAUGUUUUCGCAGAAGAACAAGUUGGUUUUAGGAAAAAUAAAUCUAUAAAUUUGGCCAUAUAUAAAUUUUUAGAGGGGAUAAUGACAAGUGUUGAUAAAAGGAAACCGGUUUGUGCGCUUUUUAUGGACCUGACGAAAGCAUUUGACUAUGUGGACCAUAAAACUUUAAUUGAUAAAUUGGAUGUGUAUGGGGUAAGGGGUAAUGCUUUGGCACUUAUCAAUUCGUAUUUAACUGGUAGGCAACAAAUUACUCAAAUAACUAGAAUAGAUAAAAAUAAUAAAAUUGAGACAGCUUAUAUGUCGGAGUCCAAAACAGUAACAACUGGGGUGCCACAGGGAAGUAUAUUAGGCCCACUACUGUUUAUAACUUAUAUAAACGAUUUUCCCACAGUAACUGAUCAUAGGAUGGUUUUAUUUGCUGAUUUUUAUUGGUGAUCCACAAAUUUCAUUAGAUGACAUAAAUUAUACUUUAAGACAUAUUAUUAAUUGGUUGACAUGUAACAAUUUAAUUAUUAAUCUUGACAAAACAAAAAUUAUGACAUAUGCAAAUAGACGUAAUAAAUUACAAUUAGACAUUAAUUAUUUAGGUAAAAAAAUUUCCGAAACAACACAUACUAAAUUUUUAGGUCUCGAUAUUGAUGACAGUCUUAAUUGGAGGAAACACAUAGACAAUUUAUGUUUAAAGCUAAGCCGAUUUUCAUAUACAUUAUAUAUGUUGUCCAAGGUAGUUAACCAGUCAGCAGUAAUUGUAGCGUACAAUGCCUACGUAACAGCUACUAUACGAUAUGGAAUUAUUUUCUGGGGUAAUUCUUAUGACCGAGAGUAUUUAAAGCCCAAAAGAAAUGUAUACGAUCCAUAUGCCGUUUGAAGCCCACAGAUUCCUGCAAGCCAUAUUUUGAUAAAUUUAAAGUUCUAACCUGUUCAUGUUUAUACAUUUACGAGGUUUUAGUAUUUGUCAAAUUACAUAAACACCUAUUUAAAUAUUCAGAUAAAGAACGGAGGAAAAACAAAAUCUGCUUCACUCAUCAUAAUACUUCAUUAUAUGGCAAUAGCAUUUUUCAUAUGGCACCUCUAAUUUACAACAAAUUACCAGCAAAAUUAGCUGAUAGAAAUUUAAGUGUUGCUUUAUUUAAAAUUAAAAUCAAAGAACUAUUGUUAAAAAAACGGUAUUACACUAUCAAAGACUAUUUAACUGACAAACAAUAAUAAUUAACGUAUAACGGACAUAAUAAUAAUUUAAUAAUUUUAACAUCAUAGUCAUUAAGUAAAUUUCAAUAAUUAUAGUGUAUUAUAGACAAUGUAAUUUAGUUAUAAGAUUAUUUUUUAAAUUUGCAUGCUAUUUUGUAGCAAAUUGUAUGCCAACAUUUAUAUCAAGAUCUUUAUUUAACAAUUUGCAAAUAAAGAAUUAUGAAUUAUGAAUCAAAGAUAAUAAUUUAAGAGUUUCGGCAAUUAUGUGAAUAAUGAAUAUAAAUAUUAGUUUUUCUUCCCGAGGCCAUGAUAGAUUAUUAGAUUAUUGCAACAAAUUAUCUCGAAUAUUAAGUAAACUGAAUAUCAUUUGGAGAAGAAAGAGACAAGAAAAAAAAAAAGAAAAAGAAAAAAAUUUGUUUAAUGGCAAAAAAAAAAAAAAAUGGUACGUAAUUAUAAAAAAUAUGUAAAUUGAACAUGAACAUUUAUUUUUUUUAGCUGCGUUUUCGUAAAUUAUAACUUGAAUUAAAUUAGUUUCAUGUUUAGUAUAUAUUAUGUUGCUUUAUGUAAUCAAUUUCACUGCUGCUCAAGCUAUAGCUUUGUUAGUCUUACGUCAACGAUAUCGGUUAAAUGAAAAGUGUAUCUAUGUUAAAGUAUGACUCGAGAAUUUUAUUUUGUGUUAAAUUUCACCUCUAUCAGCCGCUGUGUGACCUCUUAUUAGGUGACAGUUAUCUUAUUUGCAUUACUUAAAUGAUUAUUUCACAUUGUCUAUGCAAAUGAUUUAAACCAAAAUCAGUAUUUUAAACAAUCAAAACAUUGAGUAACAUGGUAUGUAUUAAAUAGAUUCAUAAAAUAGGUACAUUGGUUUAAAAAAAAUGCAGAAUGGAAUUUUUAUCUACAGUUGUAAUAUUUGAAGUUAUUACUUGAAUAAUUGUUGUUCAUAUAAAAAUUAUUAUUUUUGUUUACAAAGGACCAUACACAAAAACAAAAUAUAUUGAUUUAAAUGUGACAUGACUAUGACUUAAAUUGAGACUAUAACUAUGACUGAAAAUGCCAAUGUCACGGAAAUGAAAAUAUAUAUGAAAUAUAAUAUCACGGAUCGCUGUGUCUCUGCCCUGACACUUCACUGUUAUUUCACCGGCAGCGGGUGAUAGGUGCUGUGUUGAAGGCCGGAGAUGUUUUGAAAAAUCAUGUGUGUGAUGGCAAUGGUCCAUCGUUUCAUUUCAUUUCAUGUUCAUUACUAACUACUCAUUUUAUUUUAUUUAUUUCUCAUUUCAUUCAUUUUCACCUCAUCAUUGUUCAGUUAGGUUCAUAAUCCACGAAUGAGGUUACUAACAAUAAGUACUUCGAGAUCGAAGGAAAGAUUCAUUCACGUCAUGUCCAUUACUAACAACUCUUACUUUCGUUUCAUUCACCUUAUUCAUUUGCAUCUCAUUAUUCAUUUUAUAUUCAUGUCCACGAAUGAGGUUACUAACAAUAAAUACUUCGAGAGCGAAGGAAAGAUUCAUUCAUGUCAUGUUCAUUAUUAAAACUACACAUUUUCAUUCGUCUUUCAUUUUCAUCUCAUCAUCAUUAUUUUUAUAUAUUAUUCAUGUUCAUAAUCCACGAAUGAGUUGAAAAAAAAAAAAAAAAAAAAAAAAAAAAGAAAAAGAAAAAGAAAAAAAAAAAGAAAAAGAAAAAAGAUGUGAGAGUACUUCGAGAGCGAAGUACUUGUCAGUCUGGCCGUGAUAGAUUAUUUUAUAAAGUAGUGAAAAAUAAAUAUAGCUGAAAGUUAAGCUGAUAAGCUGAUUGAUAAUAUGUGUAUGAUUCAUUGUGAAAUUAGACCUAUCAGAUAAUUCUUACGUUAGUUAAAUAUUAUUUAAUAUUUAGACAGUAUUUUUGUAUUCAAUAAUAAAGUUUAAAUGAAAAUACAAACAGUUAUGUUACAUGACGAAUUUCAAAGUUUAGGUGACCAAAUAUGACGUCACGUGUAAUGUUCUACUUAAAUUGAAAUUCAAAUAUCAUUACGUAGAAUUUAAAAUAAAACUUAGAAUAUAGAUCUGACAUUAUUGUAAUUAAAAAGUAAAUAAAAGUAAUAGUUGUCAUUAUAAACGUUAUUGGAAUAUGGUAACACUGGUAGGAACUACUAAGAAUGAUUCUAUGUAAUGAGGAAUUACUGGCAUAGACACGGAGCGUCAGGAUACGCGGUAUCAAGUAAUCUGUGGUCAGUUUGAGCAGAUGGCGUGUGAUUGGUCUAUUGCAAACAAAUGCAGAAGGAAUAUUAGCCAAUAGGCGUUUUGUAAAGAAUCGAGAUGUUCAUGGAUGAUGACGAAAUGGCGUCUUGGCCGGUGUGAUUAGGAAAUAUAAAAUAAUGUUGUUGUUAUGGUGUCUUCCUGUGUUUCUGAGGCUGUUUUAUGAAAGCUAAGUAUUUUAUACAUAAUAUCUUUGUUGUAAACUGUAUUUUAUUAUGUUGUAUUGUUGUAACGAUAAGUUAUAACAUCCGAAUAUUACUUAUGUGAAAUUAGGUAUAUUUGCAACGACAUUAUAUAGUACCUAAUUACGUCGUUGUAUAUUUGUAUGGUAAUAAUGGUUAAUGUUAUUUUGAUUUGUCUUGAAGUUAAGACUUAAUUGAACUAUCUAUUUCAAGGUAUUAAUUAUUAUCCUAAAUAUUGUAAUUGUAAUUAACCAAUACUUUAAAAGAGCAUUUGUUGAGUUUCUUGCCGUUCUUCUCAACAAGAGACUGCACUUUCCGAACUGGCGGUAGAGUCACUAAAAUUAAAAGUAAUAUUGUUCAGUUAAAGAAAUAAAUGAUUAAUUUGGUCACGA